CACAAAUAUAGAGCCGCUCUGCAAGCAGCAAGACCCCUUUCCUUCUACUUGCUCCUCUUCCUUCCCAGCACUUUGUACCCCCGAUUCUCGCUCUUCCGAAGAACUAUGGCGUCUCACAUUGUUGGAUACCCCCGUAUGGGUCCCAAGAGAGAGUUGAAAUUUGCUCUUGAAUCCUUUUGGGAUGGCAAGAGCAGUGACCAGGAGUUGCAGAAGGUGGCAGCUGACCUCAGGACUUCCAUCUGGAAGCAGAUGGCUGAUGCUGGCAUCAAGUUCAUCCCCAGCAAUACAUUCUCUUACUAUGAUCAGGUUCUUGACACAACUGCAAUGCUUGGUGCAGUCCCCUCAAGGUACAAAUGGACUGGUGUUGAGAUUGGAUUCGAUACUUAUUUCUCCAUGGCCAGAGGAAAUGCCUCCGUGCCUGCUAUGGAAAUGACCAAGUGGUUUGACACCAACUACCACUUCAUUGUCCCUGAAUUGGGACCCGAUGUGAAGUUCUCCUAUGCUUCUCGCAAGGCAGUGGAUGAAUACAAGGAGGCUAAGUUGCUUGGUGUAGAUACAGUUCCAGUACUUAUUGGCCCUGUCACAUACUUGUUACUCUCAAAACCUGCCAAGGGUGUUGAGAAAACUUUCCCUCUUCUUUCUCUUCUUGACAAAAUCCUUCCUAUCUACAAGGAAGUAAUUGACGAAUUGAAGGCAGCUGGUGCUUCAUGGAUUCAGUUUGAUGAUCCUACCCUAGUGUUAGACCUUGAAUCUCACCAACUGGAAGCAUUCACAAAGGCCUAUACUGAACUGGAAUCAUCCCUAUCUGGCCUUAAUGUUCUUAUUGAGACCUACUUUGCUGAUGUCCCUGCAGAAGCAUUCAAAACCCUUACUGCUCUAAAGGGAGUUAGCGCAUUUGGUUUUGACUUGGUUCGUGGAACUAAGACUCUAGAUCUGAUAAAGGGUGGAUUCCCAUCAGGCAAGUACCUAUUUGCAGGAUUGGUUGAUGGAAGGAACAUUUGGGCAAAUGAUCUGGCUUCAUCUCUCAGCAUCCUGCAAACUCUGGAAGGCGUUGUAGGAAAAGACAAGCUUGUGGUCUCCACGUCUAGUUCACUUCUCCACACUGCUGUUGAUCUCAUCAAUGAAACUAAGUUGGACGCAGAAAUUAAAUCAUGGCUUGCUUUUGCUGCCCAAAAGGUUGUUGAAGUAAAUGCAUUGGCAAAGGCAUUGGCUGGUCACAAGGACGAGGCAUUCUUUUCUGCUAAUGCUGAAGCUCAGGCUUCUAGGAAAUCCUCUCCCAGGGUGACUAAUGAAGCUGUCCAGAAGGCUGCUGCUGCUUUGAAGGGUUCUGUCCACCGACGUGCUACAAAUGUUAGUGCUAGGCUAGCCACCCAACGAAAGAAUCUUAACCUUCCUAUUCAACUAAGCACCACUAUUGGUUCAUUCCCUCAGACCAUUGAACACAGAAGAGUUUGCAGUGAAUACAUGGCUGAGAAGAUCUCGGAGGAGGAAUAUGUUAAUGCCAUCAAAGAGGAAAUCAGCAAAGUUAUCAAGAUCCAGGAAGAGCUUGAUAUUAAUGUUCUGGUUCAUGGAGAACCCAAGAGGAACGAUAUGGUUGAGUACUUCGGAGAGCAAUUGUCUGGUUUUGCCUUCACUGAUAAUGGGUGGGUGCAAUCUUACGGAUCUCGCUGUGUGAAGCCGCCAAUCAUUUAUGGUGAUGUGAGUCGUCCCAAGCCAAUAACUGUCUUCUGGUCCACUGUUGCCCAGAGCAUGACCAAGCGCCUGAUGAAGGGAAUGCUCACUGGCCCUGUUACCAUUCUCAACUCGUCUUUUGUUCGAAAUGACCAGCCAAGAUUUGAAACUUGCUAUCAGAUUGCUCUGGCCAUUAAGGAUGAAGUAGAGGAUCUUGAGAAGGCAGGCAUCACCGUUAUCCAAAUUGAUGAGGCUGCAUUGAGAGAAGGCUUGCCCCUUAGGAAGUCCGAGCAUGCUUUCUACUUGGAUUGGGCCGUCCACUCGUUCAGAAUCACGAAUGUCGGCGUUCAGGACACGACCCAGAUCCACACCCACAUGUGCUACUCUAACUUCAAUGGCAUCAGCCACUCUAUUAUUGAUAUGGACGCUGAUGUGAUCACCAUUGAGAUCUCUCGUUCUGACGAGAAGCCCCGAUCUGUCUUCGGCAAGGGAGUGAAGUAUGGUACUGGAAUUUUCCCAGGUGUUCACGAUAUCCGCUCCCCCAGAAUAAAAUCAACGGAAGAAUUUACUGACAGAUUUAACAAGAUGCUUGCAGGGCUCGAACCCAAAAUCUUGUGGUUCAACUCCGCUAUGGUCUCAAGAUUGGCAAAAAUUCCAGAACGACCUGAUGCCAAUAGAGAUGUAGAGAAGAAGCUUCUAUACUUGCAAAAGACAGUCACGGACUUGGGAGCAGUGCUGGAUGCUCAAGGAGACGUGAUCUAUAAUAUUGAAUCACAGGUUUCAUCUGCAGUCGACUAUGUGCAAUCCGGUAAUGCUGCUCUUCAAAAAAAAAUAUCCUUGGACAUGCCUGCAUUGGUGGAUGCUCAAGGAGAUGUGAUCUAUAAUAUUGAAUCACAGGUUUCUUCGGUAAUCAACCAUGUGCAAUCAGAUAACACUGCGCUUCAGAGAGCAACAAGUUUACAGAGAAACUCAAGGAAAUGGAUGUGCAUUGCUAUCAUCAGUCUCCUUAUUAUCUUCACAGUAAUCGUUGUGGUUGGUGCUUAGCUAUUCACCACACCAUAUAUUAUAUGAACACAGAGGAUACUUCAAGGUAAAGCAUACUUGGCCUGUCAAUUGUUAAGAACUGCAGUGACAUCGUUUGGUUGAAAUUUUGGCAACACAAUGUCGUUUUCAUAUCUUGAAAAUAAGCUCCUAUUGCAUGGAAAUCA